AAUUUUUUAAGGAGAAAUGGUUGAUUAUAGGUCAAGGAGUGGGCUUUUUAAGAGAUUGGCUGGGAUAGUCAAGAGUGUAAGGAGAGAUAAUUGGAAAAGGAAUAAAGGAGGGGUGACUGCGUUCUACCCGUUUUUGUAUAUGUUUUCAUUUGUGAAUUUGUUAAAGAUUGGGUAUGAUGUUUAUGACUUGAGGAAGGAGGAUGAGAAAGUUAUUAGAGGUGCACCUUUUGAGAUGAGGGGCAAUCUUAAAACACAAAAAUACUUUGAGAAGGGCUUUAGAUUUGAGAACCUUGAAGAGACUCAAAGAGAUAUUAUUUCUACCCAAACUGAAUUAUGGAUUGAAAAAUUAAGGAAUCAACUCAUUCCAUCUUGAAAAAUAUAUCCUCCUCUAGUGAUGAUUGCCUACUUUUCUCAUCUCGAUUGUUUUGUUCAUCGAGGCUGGAUCCCUAUGAGAAUUCUUACCUCUGGUGUCAGUGGCUUAUUUGUAGUUAUAUCCGGCAUAAUCAUCAAUCACAAAAGAUUUUCCUACGAAGACAUCCUCAAAAACCUCACCAGAGUCCAAACCUCCCUUCGCCCCUCUAAAUCCACCUCCUAAUUUCAACAAA